GAUGGUCAGUGACCUGUUGGUGUGUGGUACUGACCCUUGUGUGUCUGUCUGUCCCUCAGUGUCUGUGGUACCGACUUCAACUGUAUAUAUAAACUCAGCAAAAAAGAAAUGUCCCUCUUUCAGGAGCCUGUCUUUAAACUAAGAUGAGUAUUUUGAUUUCCUGUCACACUCACAGUCGACUCCUUUCUUUUUGCUGGUAACCCAGGCUGAAAACACUCCUAAAGCACCAGGAAUAUUCUAUAUUCCUACCAAGAAGUACAGAAUAUUCUGUACUUCUUGGUAGGAAUAAAACGAAAAUAUAAAUUUAAUAAAUAUUGUUGUGUUUCCCAUUAUUCCUGUCUAAUUUUAACACCAUAAAUGACAAACAAUGUCGAUUUCCGUUUUUCAAAUUCGGGAACAAUAAAUUAGCCUUUUUCCGUUUUGACUCAGAAAUCAAAGUAACGAAUGUAACGUUACAAAGAAGCAAGGUGAAGCAGCAGUUCAGGCAAUCUUGCAAGUCAGAACAAUACUUGACAAAUACAUUUCAUUUUUAUAUUUGAAAAAUUACUUGACAAGCAGUAGGCAUUUAGUAUGAAAUGUGGAGUGAAACUAUAUAGUUAUGGCGAAACAUCACGUGCCCUGUUUUCUAUCGAACGUAUCAGGCCAUCAUUUACUCGAAAAACACUGCUCAUUCAAUCAUAAUUUGUCGCAAUAAAGUAAGACAAAAUAAAGAUCCACCCCUGUCGAACGGAUACACAUUUUGUCGAUCUUUUGAAAAUGAAUAUUACAUCUGCCGUUUCCAUUAAGUUAAAACAAGCCUAAAGGUUUUUUUUUCCGACAUCGACUAAACUUGGUUCAAUGGAAACCUGCCCGGGCUUCUUCUGUAUUUAUAUCACUCAGCUUGGUUUCGCUUCCCCGCAAUUCUCCGCCCUUUCAGAAAGUACACAAUAAACUCUCAAGAGCGGCCUGAAGCAACUAUAGCGGAACAUUUCAGUGUCGCUGGACAACACAGAACAUCUCUUGGGCAACAUGCAAUCUACGGUGUUUACUAUCUCGUUUGUCAAACUAUUCUGCUUAACUUUACAUGGAAUGACAGCAGUGUUAGCUGAACUUCCAAGUCCCAGUAACAUCAGAAUUACCUCCAUCAACAUGGGACUAGUGUUGGAGUGGGAUCCCCCUCAGAACCACACAGGAACCCUCACCUACAGAUCAGAAUACAAGUGGAAGAGCAUCAGGAACAGCUACCGGGUCGUAUGUUUGGACACAACUGCCCUAUGCUGUGACUUCACCAGACAUCUAAACAAAUUUGGAGUGUACACUUUCCAAGUGAGGGCAGAACGAGAGGGAGAGACAUCUCACUGGGUGGAGACUAAGGAGUUUGUUAUGGAUGAACACACCACUUUAGGCCCUCCCCGUGUGACUCUAGUCUCCAGUGGUGCGAACAUUGAAGUGAGCAUCGAAGACCCAGUGCUCAGGAUCUCUGAGUUUAAAGAGAUCUACAAUCAUGCAACCUUUAACCUCACCUACUGGAAGGAGGGCCAGGAGAAGAAGGUCAAACGGAUGAAUGGCAUCCAACUGCAUGAAGUGGUGUUGGAGCUGGAGCAAUGGACCAGGUACUGUUUUCAGGUCUGGGUGGUAACCGAAAGGUUCUUCAAACAAAGCCAGCCCAGCAACGUUACGUGUGAGAGCACCGCUAAGGGCAAGGACAGGCCCUGGGUGAUGGCCCUGGGGAUGUUUGUGGUGAUGGCUGUGUCAGUGCCCCUGGUGGUUCUAGCAUUCUGGCACUGCUACAGGGUGGUCAGCUUCCUCAGACCCAAGGUCAAGCUGCCUGGACAUUUCACAGUGUACCUGUUGGAUCCUCAGUGCUCCUCCAUCCUGGCCUUGCAGAGCAGCCCCCAGCCUGAUGAGGUGUACCAUGAGGUCAGCAUCAUGCCUGCGGGGACAGAGACAGAGAGAGAGCGCCCUCUGGUGGACAGAACAUAAAGCACACAACCAGACUGACUGACAAUACAAAGAAAGGCAGUGUUCGAGAGCAUCAACACCGGGACUGACAGGCCGAUCUAUAAAUAAUAUUAAGUUGUUAUUUAUGAUGCAAGGUGAUUGGUUGAUCAGUCAGUCUCGACUCACCUUUAAUGUCGGCUGCACCCAAUCACAAAGAUCUUGAAGUGGAUGGGGAAGAUAUGGGUGAAAGACUGAUGUGAGGAAGAAACGAAGACAUCAAUGGAUGGCAGAGAAGAGGACGUAUCUCUUAGUGAGAAAUAAUAGUCUAACUGCCAUCAGGGAUUUAGUUAUUUAAUUAUCCCUGUGAUGAAAUUCUAAGAGAGAUAAUUUAGUGUAAUGCAGGUGUCAUCUACUCGAUUCAGCUGCAGGCCCGAUUUUUAUCUCUUGGGGGUUCGGAAAAAAAUCAUUACAAAUCAUUUGUGAUCGUAUGCAAAUUAGCCGCAAGAACCCAAACAAAUAUAUUUGACUGAAACAAUCAUUUCAGACCUUGUUUCCAUUUGUAUACGAUCCCAUGUUUCUAUGAUGCCUAAAAUCACUACGAGCUGAUUUCCUGCUGUGAAAAAUACAAUAAAACAUUUGACUGAGAACUUGGGGGGGGGGGCGAAUAUAACCACUGCCAGUUAGGGAACCCUGGUGUGAUGUGUAUGAUAAUGAUCAAUAAUGCCUUUUAUUCAUUAUAGGCCUUGGUACACUGGCAUUUUAUGAUAUGAUGAGUGUAGGGCAAUGGAAUGGUGACCCAAUAUUCCACCAGAGAGAGUUCUCAUUAUGAGCUGACUGAUACGACACACUCCAAAUCAUUUUAUGGAAAAUGGCGUUUUUGUAUUUAGCUUGUGACACAGCAGUCAAGACAUCAUGACAUCAUCAGCAAUGGGUCUACAAUGAAUUCUGAAAGUAUUCAGCCCCCUUGACUUUUUCCUCAUUUUGUUGCAUUACAGCCUUAUUCUAAAAUGUAUUAAAAAUAUAUAUUUAAAAAAUCCUCA